GUCAUGUUGUUAACGCCCUCGCGUUCAGUGUUGUGAAUAAAGUUGUUUCGCAGUCUGCCGGUGAUCAUGAUCGUGAGUGUGAUGUUUUACGUGCUGUAUCCGCUCUCGAGGCUCAUCAGUAGAGUUUCAGAAUUGUGGCGCGAGGCGCCGUCUGUGUACGUUAAUGGCAAAGAGGUUUGGGAUGGUGGAGGUGCUCUUUCUGGACAGCAGCAGACGGGCCUGUUACUGCAGUGGAACAGCACGGGAAACGCAGCCGCUGCUCUCGAUCCGGAUCACACAGAAACUGAGAGUCCUCACGGAGCACUGGUAGAUCUACUGGACGUUUGUGAGCUAAAAAAGACCUCAGAGGAGCCGAACGUGAACGAGAUGCAUGAAGAUGUACACAAAUCACUGGGUUACGUCAAUCAGAUGGAAGCUUUUGACUACAAACAUGCUGUCAGUGAUGUAAACCUCUCAGAAUCAGCGCUCAAGUGUUUAGAAGUAACAAAUGAGGAAGAUCCUGUGAUGAAUGAGUCUGCGUUUCCCCACAUUGAGUUUCCUAUUCACUCAGACAUUGAUAAUAUGCUCUCUGCAUUCAGCCAGCUUGAUGCAUGUGCUGAAACAGUUGUGUAUGAUGACCGUGAGAGAGAUUCAUCCGUAUCAGAUGGACUCGCUCAUCUCAGCGCUGACAUCUUCCUGGGGUUUGAUUCUGAUGCUGGGAAUGAAGCCCCCGGCAGCCCAGUGUUUGAUUUGGCGGCUUUGCUUGCAGACUCUCAGCAGGUUCAGACAUCAGCGGAGCCUGGCGUCGGCUGGCAUUUUCCCGUAGGCCUCGGGCUGUCAAAGAUGAGUUAUUGCCCUUAUGUGCAGUUUCCUGACGUUAGCUACUAUCCUGCGCUUCAGGACAGUGACAGCAUUGAAGUGAUGUGGCGGGUGUGGGAGGACCUUAGUGAAACCCACACUGGCCCCUGUGCAGACACAGCUGAUGUGUUUGACUUCACCAUCAUGUCUUACAACAUCUUGGCUCAGGAUCUGCUAGAAGCGAAUCCACAGCUGUACACACACUGUCCGGAGGAAGUGUUAGUGUGGGACCAGCGGCUCUGGACCAUCCUGAAGGAGCUGCAGAUCUGGGAACCUGAUAUUAUUUGUCUACAGGAAGUUCAAGAAAAUCACUUCCUAGAGCAGAUCUAUCCUGUCCUGACUGACAUGGGUUACACCUGCAUCUACAAACGGCGCACAGGCACUAAAACAGACGGCUGUGCGGUGUGUUAUCACAGCAACCGCUUUACCCAGCUUUCCGUCAACCUGCUGGAGUUUUGCCGAUCGGACUGUGAGCUGCUGGAUCGUGACAACGUGGGCAUUGUGCUACUCCUCCAGCCAACGGCAGGGCAGAGUGAAGCGUUCAGCCCCAUAUGUGUAGCCAACACACACCUGCUGUUCAACCCCAGGAGAGGAGACGUGAAACUCGCCCAGCUGGCCAUUGUGUUCGCAGAGAUCGAUGUUAUGAUCAAGAAAUGCAGGAGUGAAGGAAGACGCUGUGAGGUGGUUUUAUGUGGGGACUUUAACGCUUUACCCAACAGCCCUCUGUGGAAUUUCAUCACCACCGGACAGCUCUACUUCCACGGGUUACCUGCCUGGAUGGUUUCAGGUCAGGAGGAUUUGUCGUAUAAAGUCCAUCACACAAGGCUUUUCGCCCCUUUGUGGCCCAGCAGCCUCGGCAUCAGUGACGGCUGUCAGUACAGGACUAACACACAGGCUGCAGCUUCAGACAAUCGUCAGUACAGCGCUGAGUUUCUGUGUCAGCUGCAAUACUGUCCUGCGGCGCUUGUGCGGCCCGCUGAUCUGGAGCUCAUACCAGGAGUCACUGACAGAACACCAGAUCCAGAAGACAUGGAAAUGUUCAGUGCAAGGUUCGGACACACGUUACGUCACACGCUGAACCUGACAUCAGCGUACAGUCCCGUCCAGCCCGACACGCACGCGGCUGUGGUCAGCACUCUGAACUCAGAGGGAGGAGCGAUGGUCGACCACAUCUUCUACUCCACCCGCGGGACAGGCUCCGCCGCAGCUGAAGGGAGCUCUGGCGGUUUGAAGCUGCUGGGUCGCUUGUCUCUGCUGUCGGAGGCUGAUCUGUGGUCUCUGCGAGGACUUCCUAACGAAACGUUUCCCUCUGAUCAUCUCAGUCUGAUCGUCAAGCUUCAGCUUCCUCCUGUCUGACCCUAACAUUUGACUAAUGUAAGGAUGGCUUGACUUUAUCAUUUUCAUGGCCUUAUAAUUAGAUUGUAAAAGAAAAAUAUGUAUAUUUUUGGUCAGAUGAGUAUUUAGUUUUCUAUUCUGUAACAGAACGGGUGUUUGCAUGUGAAAUAUUCUCCAGCGUGAUGUUUGAUGCGAGGAAAUACGAUGCGCCGUUUACGGUUGACAUGUUCCUGAUAAUUUAAUCAGAAUGCAAUCGCAUGCAUUUAUGAUAGAGUUUCCUAUUCUUUUCUUUUGGUUUUGAGUUUAUAAUUUGAACAGAGAAAAAUAAAUAACUACAUGCGCUGCUGUUGUUUUUGCUAAUUGAACACACAAAAGGAAGAAAAGCAGAAGAUAAUGAAGAUGGCAGCCAGUGUCUCCACAGUCACAUGAUGCUGUUAUUGAAGGUCAGAAUCAGAUACACGCUCGUGAUCAUUCGCAUCAUGUGUGCUUGAUAUUUUGUGGUCAUUCUAUUUAAAAAAACGUUACAGUACAUUAUGAAAAUAAAGAAAACAAUUGCUUUUU